CCAGUAACAAAUAAAAGAAGCAGAUUAAAAAGCGUUUCUAGUUUACACCCCUCGUGUGUUGUCGGAUCUCUGUCUUCUCACGGCCGCCGACGAGCAUCUCCGUCAUUUCCAGCAGCUCCGACGUCUCGUUCUCCUGGUAUCGACUAUAAGUGCAGGAUUUUUUAGCCAUGGCUGAAAAUACGGUGACACAGGAGCAUGAUGAACUCACUGAGGCUCUCAGCGAUCUAUUUACUGAUGUUUCCUCCAUGAUUAAAGGCGAUCUUCAGGGUACAAACAAUCUCCUCAAAUUGUUGGAAAAUAUGAAUCUCAAAGUUGCCGAUGAGUAUAAAGGGUUUGGUGAUGUUGCCUCAGGUUUAAGGGUUUUUGUGGAACGAUUGAAGGCGAAAAGCGAGAAUUUUGAUGGGUAUGUUCAACAAAUUGAUGCUAUAGAACAACAAGUGACUGAUCUAGAAGUUGUGAUUUCUAUGCUCGAUAAGUAUGUUUCGUUGUUAGAAUCAAAAGUGCAGUCUGUUUACCGAAUACCAUCUUCACCAUCGUAGCUUGCACACUUAACCAUCGAUCUUUAAGCAUCCUUUUUUGCGGUUUGCAUGCUACAUAGAACGAGAUUUAUUAGAAUAUGUUGCAGAUGUUUGAUUUUUAAAAGCCUUAGCCAUCAUUAUUAUGCGUAAAAUUGUGCAUAUAGUUGUAUA